UUCAUGGUUGCAUAAUUUUACCAGUAAAAGAAAAAAGAUAUGGCUCAAUCAUUCACCUGCCAAAAGCCCUCCUUCAGACAAACUGUGAAACAUUUCAGCCAUCAACAUCCCCUGCGUCCAUUUGAACCCAAAGAUCAAGAUGAAAUUAUUUGUUCUGGUUGCGAGCUCGAUCUUCUGAUUUCAUCUUCAUCUGCUUACAGAUGCACAAAGUCCAACUGCGAUUACUUCCUUCACAAGUCAUGCUUUGAACUCCCACGUGAACUUCAACACAAAUUCCACCCUGCUCACCCUCUCAUUCUGCUUUCUUCUCCAGCUUAUGACUGCGGGAGAUUCAUUUGCAAUGCUUGUGAUGAUUAUGGUACUGCUUUUAACUAUCACUGCCCCACUUGUAAGUAUGAUCUUCAUGUUGCUUGUUCUAAGUUGCCUCAUACUCUGAAUGUUGAACAUGAUGAUCACCCACUAGCUCUCUUCAGCUCAUCUUCUUGCGAUAGAGGCAUCGAAACAUUUGUCUGUGAUAACUGUAAUUGCAUUGUUAGGAAGACCCGUUGGGUUUACUACUGUCCGGAUUGUGAUUAUGGUAUGGAUAUAUGUUGUGCAAGUGCAAAUUCUACAAAAGAAACAUCAACUGAUUCAUCAUCAUUAGCCAACAGAUGUGCUAAGUCCAUUUGUGGGUUCUUAUACAAGUCAUGCUUGAAAUUGCCACAGGAGCUUCAACAUGAAAUGCACCCUGAUCAUCCUCUUGCUCUACUUUCAACUCCAGCUUAUGCCAGUGGAGGAUUCAGAUGCAAUGCUUGUGAUGAAACUGGGAAUCGUUUUAAUUAUCACUGCUCCAUUUGCAACUACGAUCUUCAUAUUGCCUGUUCUAAGCUGCCUCCGACUAUUAAGCUUGAAGAUCAUGAGCACCCGCUUGCUCUCGUCGAUUCCUCCAGAUUUGAUGAUUUAAUUUGUGAUAUCUGUGAUGGCGUUAUACGCAAGAAUAUUUGGUUCUAUGGCUGUACUGAUGAAAAUUGUGAUUAUGGUGCAGAAGUAGGAUGUGUAACCGCAGUAGUAGCGGAUGAAGAAUCAAGAGAAAAACCCAACUGCACGCAAGAGUCGAUCAAGUAUUCCUUAUCACAAGUUGAAAACCAAUUAAGAAUGCUUCAGGUUCAGAAUGAAACCAAAUUCCAAACUGAAACAAAAAUAAUCAGUGACAUUAGGAAGAAUAUGGCCAACUUAAUCAAUUAAGUUGUUUUUGUUGUAAUGAUUUAAGUCCAAGUGUCUUGUGUUUGCUUUGAAAUAAUUCCUGUUGUCUUGGUACUUUAACCUUGUAAUUUGUUUGGGUUUUCUUGUAAUAACAUGUACGAUUGCCUUCAAGCUGAAGCACAAGUGAGCAGUGAGAUGAGAAAGAAUUUGGCCACCUUUAUUAAUUGACUGAGGUUUGGGCUCUGAGUCUUCAAAAUAAACUGUUGUGCCUGCUCAUCCCAUGUGUGCUUGGAAGGUUUUUUGUUCCAGUUGUCUUUGUAUUUGAAUUAUUGAAAUAUGUUUUCUAUGUUACGAAUUUAGUAA